AUGGGGUUUUGCUGCACAAAAAACAGCUGCUCAGGACUCUUCACUUCAGUCUACUCAGCCAAUAACGUAAAUCUUAAAAGCCAUUUAGGCAGAUCAUUCAGGAUCCCGGCAUGUGAGGAUUGUCAACAUGCUCACUUUGAUGGUAAAUGCACUAAUGGCUGCGACAGAGAAUAUAGAGCUGAAUACAACGGUAGCUCAAAUGCCGAUGAUUUGGCUGCUAAUGGUACCAUUAUCAUCACCUCCCGUCGCAGUCUGACUGAGCUUACCACAUCGAAUAAACGCUUGAUUAAGUCUGAGAAGCUGAACUCAAAGUCGGUCGAUUCUUUGAGAUUCCUAAACCGGUCAAUUAGAUUCACUUCAAAACUAGAUCUACCAUACGAAAGUGACCCACAACUUUCAACUUUGCCUCCGCCGCUGCCCAAGAGGCGCUAUGGCGAAAGCACUAUAAACUUGGUUCAGGAAUAUCGCGCUGCCGAACUUUUAGUACCCGUGAAUACACCGGAUUUAGCCUUAUUUUGCCGUAGUAACUCCUUCGACCUUCAUCCAACUUGCAUUCCUCGCCCACUUUUGCUAAACUCAAAUAAUCUAAUAUGCAAUAAAGACAAUCAUUAUCAAGGCCAAGCUAUUACAUAUUUGAAUAACUCAAGACAGUUCGCCCAGUCAAGAGAAAUGUGUGAAAUUGAACAUACUCUUGGUUCAGGUUCACCAUCCAUUCCCUCCUACCAGCAAUCGGGAAACAGCACUCCUAUACAAUACCUUAGACCAGCUUCCUAUUACGAUUGCUGUUCUAUACCUGCUCCAGAUCAGGUCAGAAGAGGUCCAGCAAUGCUUUUGUGUUUUGUGCACAAAACAUAA